AUGUCAUGGCCCAGCCCAACCUCACUGGAUCCGAAAACGCAUUUCGCCUGAUUUUCUUGCUCCGAAAGCCACCACCACUCUUUACCGCCACCCACCUCUCUCAGCUACUCAACAACUCCCGGUUCACCGAUUCUCAGUCAAAAUUUCUCAUCAGGUUUGGGAGAAGCACAAGAAACAUGGCUUUGACAAACUUCAUACUGACAGUGGCUGGUGUAAGUGCUGUAGUUCUUUUAUUGAGGAGUGAUGUGAAACAGUCAGCUACCAUCUUCAGGCGGAACGUCAAACAUAUCCGCAAGUGGCUUGAAGAAGAAUCCAAGGCAGUCCCAAAGGAACUGGAAACAAAGGUUCCGCCAAAGGAUGUUCCCAAGGAGGACAAGCACUAGUAUGGACAUGGGCACCCCGAGUGGUUUGCAGGAGUUUUAGUUCCCAAAAUCUUUGGAUUUUAUGUUCAUAAAUUGCUUAUCAUGCUUUUCCCAGUAGUUUUGGGUUUUUAGAUAUACUGAUUGUAACUAGUAACUACCGCGGGAGCUAUAUUUUCCUAAUCUGAGGUACCCUUCUCUGGUCAAGAUUAUCUUUGGAAGAGUGAUAUCCAUGGUUUUGCCACAAUUUGUAUGCCAUAUCCAGUGCACAAGAUUUUUCGUUUUCAA